GCUCAGCCCUCCCCUGCCGGGGCUCACCUAAUCCCCGCAGUGGGAGUCGGGGGGCAUCCGCGCAGGCCCAGGGCUAGGGUUGCAGCACGGUCACUUCACACUCGGCAGGCAGCAUGUGCAGCUGAGGCCCCUCUCCGGGCUGCAGUCUCCCUCGAGGCGGGCAGCGAGGUCAGCCUGGCAGCCACUGCCUCUCUCCAGCCCAGAUCUGGCCUCAGGCAGCCGAUUCCCGGACCCGAGGAAGUGAUGGCGGAACAGGAAGCCAGUGGGUUGCAGGUCCUGCUGCAAACACUCCAGAGUUCCUCUGACAAGGAGUCAAUCCUGACCAUCCUCCAGGUCCUUGGAGAUCUGCUUUCCGUUGGCACAGACCGGAGGAUUCGCUACAUGAUCAGCAAGGGUGGCAGCGAAGCCCUUCUGCAGACCCUGGUGGACACUGCCCGGACGGCUUCUCCAGACUAUGACAUCCUGCUGCCCCUCCUCCGGCUGCUGGCCAAAGUUGGCCUGCGAGAUAAAAAGUUUGGACAGAAGGCACUGGAAUUGGAAGCACUUGAUGUGACAUUGAUUCUGGCCAGGAAAAACCUGUCCCAUAGCCAGAACCUCCUGCACUGUCUCUGGGCUCUGCGUGUGUUCACUUCUAGUGUCACCACAGGAGCCAUGCUAGGAAUUAAUGGAGCAAUGGAACUGCUUCUCAAGGUCAUCACCCCUUACACCCAGAAGCACACCCAAGUAAUCAGGGCAGCCACUGAAGUUCUGGCAGCACUGCUGAAAUCCAAGUCUAACAGCCGCAGGGCGGUGAACAGAGGCUAUGUCUCGGGCUUGCUCAGGCUGCAUCAGGACUGGCACAGCCAUGACACAGCCAAUUCCUAUGUAUUGAUCCGCCGGGCGCUUCUGCUCUGCCUCAAGCAUAUUGCCAACCUCCGGUCUGGCAGGGAGGCCUUCCUGGCAGCUCAGGGCAUGGAGAUCCUGUUCAGCACAACACAGAACUGCCUGGAUGACAAAAGUCUGGAGCCUGUCAUCUCCAUUGUGCUUCAGAUCCUGAGGCAAUGCUACCCUAAGAGCCCGCUUCCCUUGGUCACAGCCGAUAGCGCAUACACCUUCCCAGGCACUAGGAGCAUCACCUCUGACCCACCACGUGUUCUAACUGAAGAAGAUUUUGAAGAGGAUGGUGAGGAAGAGGAGGACAAAGACUCGGAUUCUGAAGAUGUGAAAGAGGAAGAUGAUGACUUGGAAACAGAUGUGAACAAGCUGAGUUCCAAACCUGGUCUUGACCGACCUGCAGAGGAAUUAAUGCAGUACGAGGCGAUGUGUCUUGAGCUCUCCUGCAACUUCAAGGAACUGGAGUCUGAAGCUGGAGAUGAUCUGACGUUUGAUGAGACUCAGUAUACUAAUCACCACCACAUUCCGACCCCUGUCUCCCCCAAGGGGUGUUGCUUGAAUAAGGACCAAGUUUCCUGGGGACAUGAAAGAGAAGCCACAGCCCAAACCUCCCUUCUGAGCAGGGCGAAGAUGGGGAGGUCCAACCUACAUCUAACCUCCAAAAAAGGACCUGGAAUGAGCCCACACCAAAAUGUCCAAUCCAAAGGUUUUGGGCUCAGUUCUUCUGGAAGUAAAAGCCCCAGUAUCCAGCCACUCAUCAAAGAGGACACUUGGGACAUAGACAUGAUUUCCUGCCCAAGGAUGAGUGCCUCCUUGACCAAUUCCACUCAGCCUAAAGAAAUUGCUGAAUUAAUGGAUAAGCUUCUGCAGACACAUCCCAAGAGUGUGGCCUUCCAUGACCCCUAUCUUUAUAUGGCCAAAGCUAGAAGAACCAGAUCUGUUGCUGACUUCACAAUGAUGGCAUUUCCUGAUUUCUGGGGACACUGUCCACCUGCCUCUGCCCAGUCCAUGUUGGAACGUAAAUGUGGAGUUCAAAGGAUCAAGAUAUUUGAGGAUGUCCGGAGGCUCAUCCAGCCAAAUGAUGUUAUAAAUAAAGUUGUCUUCAGCUUAGAUGAGUCUUGGCCUUUGCAUGACAUUGCUUCUGACUGCUUACAAUUCUUCUCCAAGUUUGAGUCAGGAAAUCUUCGCAAAGCAAUCCAAGUGCGUGAGUUUGAGUACGACUUACUGGUCAAUGCUGAUGUGAAUAGCGCCCAGCACCAGCAGUGGUUUUACUUCAGGGUGACAGGUAUGAGGACUGCCAUUCCUUACCGCUUCAACAUCAUCAACUGUGAGAAGCCCAACAGCCAGUUCAAUUACGGGAUGCAGCCCACACUGUAUUCUGUGAAGGAGGCUCUUCUAGGCAGACCUGGCUGGGUACGGACAGGCUAUGAAAUCUGUUAUUACAAAAAUCAUUAUCUCCAGAGUGCAGCCAUCACAGGGGGAGCAUCUGGGAAGUACUAUUACACCCUCACCUUUACCAUCACCUUCCCGCAUGAUGAGGAUGCCUGCUACCUGGCCUACCACUACCCCUACACCUACACCACCCUCAUGACUCACCUUGACAUUCUGGAAAAAAGCGUGAACCCCAAGCAGGUCUAUUUUCGGCAUGAGGUUCUCUGCCAGACGCUUGGAGGGAAUCCCUGUCCAUUGGUGACCAUCACCGCCAGGCCAGAGUCUAACAGCGCCGACCAUUUGGAGCAGUUCCAGCGGCGCCCAUACCAGGUGAUUACUGCUCGAGUUCAUCCAGGGGAGAGCAAUGCCAGCUGGAUGAUGAAGGGGACCUUGGAGUUCCUGGUCAGCAGUGACCCUGUGGCUCAGCUCUUGAGAGAAAGCUUCAUUUUCAAGAUCAUCCCCAUGCUCAACCCAGAUGGUGUCAUCAACGGCAAUCACAGAUGCUCACUGAGAGGGGAAGAUUUGAAUAGACAGUGGCUCUCCCCCAAGGCUCAUCUCCAGCCUACAAUCUACCAUACCAAAGGGCUCCUCCACUACCUAUGCAGCAUCGGCCGGAGGCCCAUGGUGUUCUGUGAUUUCCAUGGUCACUCCCAAAAGAAGAAUGUGUUUCUUUAUGGUUGUAGCAUCAAGGAGACCUUGUGGCAAGCAGAGUCCACUGUGGGCACAUCAGACCUCUCAGAAGAUGUCAGCUACAGGACUCUUCCCAAAAUCCUUGAUAAACUAGCACCAGCAUUCACAAUGAGCAGUUGCAGCUUCCUCGUGGAGAAGUCUCGAGCCUCCACAGCCCGGGUUGUGGUGUGGAAAGAGAUGGGAGUGCCCAGAAGCUACACCAUGGAGAGCAGCUACUGCGGCUGCAACCAGGGCCCCUAUCAGGGUCUACAGUUUGGUACCCGUGAACUGGAAGAGAUGGGAGCCAUGUUCUGCUUGGGCCUCCUCAUCUUGGAACUCAAGUCUGUAAGCUGCAGCCAUCAGCUCCUGACCCGUGCAACAACUCUACUGAAUGCCACGGAGGAAUCUCUGGACCACCACCUCCAACGAUGCAGCAGCAGUAGCAGCACCACUUCAGAACUGGAUGAUGAACCUCCCUGCCUGGAGGAGAUUGAUUACGGUACCGACAGCAGCUCAGACCAGGAAGGGAACUUCUCCGAGCUGGACCGCCAAAUCCAGGAGUGCGCUUUCAAGAAGGAUGAGGGAGAGGAAGAAGAGAAGGGGCCAGGGCAGGAAAGAAAAGCCAUCUCAUAACCCCAAGCCUCAUCAAGUGUUGUGCCUCUAACUAUUGGAUUAGCUGCUAUGUUGUUGCUUUACCAUCAGACACAAAAUUUUGGCCAUGUGAGGUCAACCACUUUACAUCCAGAUUUUGUCCUAGUUUUGCUAUGCCUAGAGAGUGGCUGCUUCUUAAUUACAGCACUUUGCAUAUAUAGUUAGGUGGCUUUUUGGGCCCAUGCAUGUUGUCAUUAUGCUAUAAUGGAAGACUUUUCAAGAUGACUAUGGAUCCUCUGAAGACUGUUCGGAGCUCUUUUCCAUUCCUGUGCUUGAAACUGGAGGAGUAGGAAUUGGACUUUCUUCAUAUUUUCUCAGCCAGAAUUCUAAGUGAUUAAGUUGUUCUAUAGAUGAGUGUUACCCCCCUGUUGUUUCCUUACUCUACCAUUGGAGCAACUCAUCCCAAACCCUGAGCCCCACAGAGACAUCAGGAGUCCUCAGAGGGUUUUCAGUUGCUUGGUGAUUGAUCAUGAAAGACUGUAUUAUCAAGUAAUCACCUCUAGUUGGUUUUAAUAGUAUACAUUUUGCAGAUCCAGUAUAAGCCAGGAGCUGUCCUAGAUUCUAAGGGAAGGGGCACAAUGGUGAAUAACAUAUGGCCAUUGGCCUUAAUACAUUUGAAAAUCCUAUGAAAUUCAGACCACUAGCCAUGAUCCUAAGAGGCCACAAGGCAUGGUGGGCAAUUCAUUCAUUUUAAAAUCAGAUAUAUGUGGCCCAUAUCUUGAUUCUGGCAGUUACUUGUUAUGAGAACUCAGGCAAGUAAUUAAAUCUCCCUAAACCACAGUUCAAUGAAGAUAAGUGUAUCUAUAUCAUAGAGUUAUUGUGAAGAUGAAAUGAGAUAAUAUGUAAAGUAUACAGUUUGGCACAUGGUAGACACUCAACAACAUUGGCUUGUUUUCUGCCUAACACAGGCAGAGCAUUCUGUGGAUGUAUUCUCACCAUUAAAAAAAAAAUCUAUGGAGUCAUAUGGUUGGGAAGCACUCUCUUCCUGGAGGGGAUCAGACAGAGAGGUUGCAUAGGAGCAGAGCCGAAGAGGUUGGCAUUGCUUAGAACAAGUGAAAAUGGAGCCACAUCCUUCAACAUACAGAUAGAAACAGUUUAAAAAUUUGAAAGAUGAGAUAUCCAGGGCCAAUGCAGAAAGAAUGAGAGGAGGCAUGGAAGGCGGAUUAGAAUGGAAGAUAAAAUGGAGAGAAGAUGUUAGAUCAAAUUUAUGUUCAUCCAGAUACCUGAUGUAUUGAGUUAGAAUUAAGCUUGGCUAUGAGAGAUGGAAAAUCCAGAACAGCAGUAGCUUUUGUAAAAUUAAAGUCUAUUUAUUGCUCAUGUGGAAUCUAGAUAUAAGCAGGCCAAAGCUGGUAUCUUGAGUGCAUGGUGUCAUGUACUCAGUUUCAGCAGCUUUCUACCCUUUCAGGUGUUGCUUUUCCUCUUGGUCUAAGAUAGCUGCUGAAGCAUCAGACUUUGCAUCUGCAUCCCAGUCAGCAGUAAGAAGGACAGAAAAAGAACAUAUUCUCUGUAUUUCCAAAACUAUGCAUUAUGCUUCUGCUCAAUCUCACCAUGCAGAUAGUGGUCGUGUGAAUACAGGUAGCUGAAAAAGAGGUUGAAAAAUGUAGUCUUUAUUUGAGGUAGCAAGGCUAGAAUUUUUAAAUUUUAAUAUUAAGGGAAAAGGAAAAAAUGCAUAUUGGGGAUCAAAUCAAAGACUUUCCCUGAUACACCUAUCACCAACAAGAGAUUUUAGAAAAAGAAUAAUUUCAGGGAAAACUCAUAGUCCACAGUUCUAGACCAGCAAAGAGCCUCAGGAAAAAAAAAUGCUGUAAUGUAGCCCUGAGGCAUACAAGAAACUUAUGGUUGUGCUGUGAUUUUUGAAAUAUUUAUUAUUAUUAUCCCUUAUUUUUCCAACUCCCUUUCAAGUUUCUUUGCCAUCAUUCAGAAAUCACAACUCAUUCUUUGUAUCAAGGCAUUCAGGUUUCUGUAAGAUGCACAAAAGGAUUAAGGGAAAUAGUAAGAUACUGGACUCAAAUCCAAGCUGGAAGCAUCUCUUAACUUUACCGACAUUCAAUAUUUCCACUCUUAGAGGAUGGCAUAAUGCUUCUGUUUUUUUCAUUGCUUUGAGGUCAAGAAGAUAAUAUUGUUGAAAAUGUAAAUGGUGACAGGGAUGGAAAUCAUACUAAUUCAACAUCACCAAAUCACAUCUCUGCUCAAAAUUGCUUAUUUAUAAUGUUUCUGAGAAUAUGACCAGGGCAGAUAAAUUCUAUGUGGUAUGUUCAGGAAAAGCCAGAAACAUAAACUAUUGAUUCAUCUACAUAAAAUAUAUAUUAAUUACCUGGACUCACUCUGUUUCAAGUUACUGAAAGCUUAGAGGAGAGAUGGACAGUAAACAUUUUAUUUUCAUUCAGUGGCACAUGGCAUUAUGGAGCUAUGCAAAGGUGGAUUGAGAAUCACUUCAUCUAACAGAGGCAGUGGUGGUGCAAAAAGUCUACCCAAAGCGAUGAUAAUUUAGUGACUUUUUUGAGGAUGUGUAAGAGUUCCUGGUUAAAAAGAAGAGGAAGGAUACACUAAAAAGUGGGAAGAGCUUGUUCAAAGGCCCUGUGGUAGGUUUGGCACUAGGAAUAAAAUAUCCAUUGUAACUGAUUUAAAAGAUGUACUUCUAUGUGGGCAAAGGAGAUGAGUGACAAGACAGAAAAUCAAAAAGAUAUACAUGGAUCAGAUCAAGCAACAUUUGUCAUUCCUUUAUGAAAAGGUCAGAUUUUAUUCAGAAUGUGCUGGAGGGAGACAAAGAAUUUUCAGCAGAGGCAUGGCCAGGAUAGAUGUCUCCAUGUAUACAUCAUCCUUCUGCACCACUUAUGACUGAUUGACUGUCACCCUCACUGUGCUGGUUGCUCAGUGGUCUGAGAAGUACACUGCGUGUGACAUUAUCAUAUUUGAAGAGCAGCAGGUUUUGGAUAAGGUGAAAGAUAAGGAGUGCAGUUUGGGGCCAUGUUGAGUAUUGGGUUCUAUGAGAUGUUCAAUUGGAAAAAGACUUCUCCAGAAGUAUAUCAGAAAAAUAUGUAUAAAAUGAGGUAUAUCCAGUGAGCUUGAGGACUUGGGUGGAAGUCUUGAGCAAAUGAGCCCAGUUGCCAGCCAGUUGGAGGAGUUUGCUUGGAGGGAACGAGAAAGUGGGAAGGAAAGCAGACUUUCCUCCAUUCCUGCUGGGAUGGAAGGCCAUUCUGUGUCACACCUCACCCAUCUUCAGUCUACGGGUUGGGAAGGCUCAUCAUAGGUCAAGCGCAGAUAGCCCUAGGAGUGGCUUUUCCAGCCUGGCCAGAUAUGUGUCUUGCUGGCCAAACCACUAUGGUAAAUUGUGCUGAAAAAUGUUCUAUCGAACUCGGAGCCAAAUGAGAUUAUGCAAGAAUUCCGAUGAGUUGUAAGCUCUAAUAGGAAGCAUAUGAGGUUCAAAAUGUGCAGAGAAAAUGUAUCAAAAGAGGUGAUGUGGGGUCCAGGCCAUAUGCAUGGCAGUUGCUGUCUGGGGCUCUGCACGGCUGAGCUAGAACAGGGGACCUUCUUCACCCCCAGGAUAGUCAUCAAGGGUAGAGAAACAUAAGACUUCUUGUGAUCUCCUAAGGGUCAUAUUUCCAGGAUCCCCUAAGCGUGGAAUCUGCUGUCUCUUCAUUACACUUCCCUAUAAGAGUCCUUUUGGCUACUUUAUAGACUCAGGUUCUGCCAUUCUCCAUCUUCAGGUUACCAUGGCCUCAUCUUAUCUCAUCAUAGUUGUCUAAGCACAUGAACAUACAUAAAAAUACAUGUACACACACACACACACACACAUUCUUCUUGAGCCACAUAUCUACCUAAAUGCUCUCUUUGAGUUUUUAAUUUUUUUCUCAUUUUCCCUCUCUCUGAUAAUCAUCUUUCAUUAUUUCAUCAAGGUAUCAAGACCUAGUUCAAAUAUCACUUUUCUUUCCUCUCCUAGUCACCCUGAGUCAAGUUAAAUAAUUUCUUUUCUGUGCCCCAAUGCACUGUUUAUACAUUCAUUUUAUACCAUGCUUGCCAUUUACAACCUUAUUCAUGUGUUUUUUUACAGCUCCUGGCCUGUUUUUUUAUAGCUAUUCCCACUGGCCAAUGAAUAGAGACCUCUAAGAUGCAUAGACGACCUGCAAUUAUCUUUAUAUUUCUCCCCACACCUGUCAUAUUUCCUGAAACAUUAAACUUUCUCGAAAAUGUAUCUCGCCCCAGCCUCAAAACAGGACAUCCAAUGUCUCCUUGAAACCCCAUACAUUUCCCUUAAAUUCCUCCAUUUUCCAUCUCAAACCAGAGGUUGUGUUAUAAGAAGGGGAAGUGGUUUCAUUAAAACAUCAUCGAGUACAAGUACAGCCCAGCCCCUCAAGCUGAUUGUUGUCAUGGAAGACUGUUCCCCAUGUGAGGUGAGCAUCAUAAGGGCAGGGUGGCCUUGUCUUUCCUGGAUUGUACAAAUAUUUAGAGAGAGCAGUGAGAACAGAGGAAUAGAAUCUCUGCCAUUUUCACCAAGGUGCUCUGGAGCAUAGGCUCACUGUUGAGAACUGGCACUUGAUUCCACGUGCAUUGUGCCAACUUGGCUGUCUGGGUGCUUCUUUCAGUCCCAUCCACUGGCUCCAAUUUCUUCUGGGUUUCCAGUAAAAGGACACAGAGCCACAAAGAACAUUCAAAUGUAACCUGAUGGUUGAGUUACAAGCUUGCAUCGCGUGUUGCCAACACAAGUAAGGUCACGUUACUCCCGAGGGAGGGGGAAUUCUCAGCACAGCUUCCAUUGCCUGGCCUGAGCAACUGAGCUCCAGAGUCAGUGUCAUAUUCCCAGGGGAGCCUCUGCCUUCUGGCAAGAAAAGGUUCUUCCAUGAAAUGCCUGGCACUAAUCAGCCUUGUUAGAGACUCAGAAUAGAAACCUGUGGAGGGGAUCUGGGUAUUUGCAUCCUCAGCAGAGUGAUGGAUUUGUUUGACCCUGUUGGUACAACCCAGCCCUGCCCCCUAAAGGCUCUAGUCCUGGAAAGAUACAUGGUUGUGCAGCCUGCGUACUAACUGUGCACGCUUUUUUUGGACAAAAUAACUCAUAAGGUCUGGAGUCUGCUGCUGUCUUCCCAACAGAUGUCCUCCUCUGUUUGUGUUGUAGUUUGGCUCCAUGUGUGCUUGCGUGCCCGAAUGAUUCUUGAUAAAAAGUGCUGUUUAGAAAAAAGGAACUGCUAAAAGGAAAUUUUUAGAUAAAAAUGGAUUGUGUUACAGCCUU